AUGGACGAGUCUGAGGUUGUGUCGGACCCCGAACUGGCCGCCCUGCCGCUCCAGUUCAUCCCGCACGGGAACGUCUUGGGUACGUGGCGGCCGGAGGCGGUCGGGUUUGCGGACCAUACCCCUGACCGCCCUGCGCCCCGUGUCUGGCCAGGCUGCACUAACAAUCUCUUGGAAGAGGAAAUCUUCAAGUGCAUCACCCAGAGGCAGAGGAGGCUUUUGCUCUCUAACUCGUCUGCCUCCUCCUAUGGGAUCUCCAGUGAGACCCAGCCCCAGAGGCCCACCUGGCCGCCCAUGGGAUGGGAACGGGGCAUGGGAGAUGGGGAGGAUGGGUCGGGACUGUGUGGCAAGGGCGUUGGCCGAUUGGGGCGCUGUGGAGAAGGGAGGAAAUCCUGGGGGGCACAUGGACUGUUCCCCCUGCCCAAUUCAGACUUGUAUUCAGCACUCGAGGGCUCAUCGGAUAUGUACAUUCUGCCCAAGAAAGAGGACACCUCACUUGACCAGAGCAAGAUUGCUGACUCCUUCCACCACCAGAUUCGAGAUGACAGUCUUUUGUCUUCUUCGGAAGAGGACAGCGGGGAACACCCCAAGUAUGUCUUGGACAGUUCCUACCAGAGCAUCGCACACUACAGCCGCAUUUCCAGCAUCUCCAAGAGCUCCAAGGACCUAUCCUUUUAUCCUACAUCCUCCUCCUCCUCUUCUUUAUCCUCAUCUUCAUGUUCCUGCUCUUCAUGUCUCACCCAAUACACCAUCCAGCCAUGA